AUGGGCAGGCCGCCGUGCUGCGACAAGGUGGGGAUCAAGAAGGGGCCAUGGACCCCGGAGGAGGACAUCAUCCUGGUGUCCUACAUCCAGGAGCACGGCCCCGGCAACUGGCGCUCCGUGCCCAUCAACACCGGCCUCAUGCGCUGCAGCAAGAGCUGCCGCCUCCGCUGGACCAACUACCUCCGCCCCGGCAUUCGGCGCGGCAACUUCACCCCCCACGAGGAAGGCAUCAUCGUCCACCUCCAGUCCUUGCUGGGCAACAGGUGGGCCGCCAUUGCUUCUUACCUCCCGCAGAGAACAGACAACGACAUCAAGAACUAUUGGAACACCCACCUCAAGAAGAAGCUCCAGAAGCAGCAAGCCAUCGGCGCCAUCUUCGCGCCACGUCCGCCCUCCGAACCUUCCAUCAUACCGGUGGCGGUACCCACUGCCGCCGCCGGCCAUGCUGAUUGCCAUCAUGAUGACAUGACCCUCUCCAAGGACAGCUACGCUCGCCCAGCCAGCAGCACACCAGCUCCAGCUGAUGAGGUCACCCAAUUCAUCGGCCAGUGCUCGCCGCCGUUCGCUGCCACCAACGGUGACACCUUCUCGUCGCCGUACGCCUCCAGCAUGGACAACAUAUCCAAGCUGCUCAACGGCUUCAUGAAGAGCUCCCAGACGCAGGAUGACGCUGCUACCAAUAUCAAGCCCUCCUCGGUCAUCGACAUCAACCCUUUCGAUCACAAGUCCGGCGGUGCACUACCACCCAUCUCCGACGACGUGCCACUGCUGAUGCCGCCGCCGCAGCAGCAGCAGCAGGCGUUGACGGGACACGGGGAUUACCACAAGCCCAAGCUGCAGCAGCUGUCCUCCAUAGAGAAGUGGUUGUUCGACGAGGCCCCCGAGCAGAUGGAGAUCUCCGACGGCUAUUGCUCAGUUCCCAGCAUGCUGCUUUAG